GCUGCGACAUCGUGUAUGUCAAAUUUGUGGGAUAAGAAUCUCAUCGCGGUGAUCGUACUGAGAAGGAAAUAAUAUGAAACAACCUUCAGAAGAGAAUAAGAGCAGUUUGCUCAUUAAUGAGAACAACCCCGUGGUUUUUUUGGAUGUGGCGAUUGAAUCCGAAAAAGUGGGAAGAGUUAUCAUAGAAUUGUUCAAGAAUAUCGUGCCACAGACUGCGGAGAAUUUUCGUGUUCUGUGUACUGGCGAGAAAGGUGCCGGGUUGAAAGCUCCAAAACUACAUUACAAAGGAACUACUUUUCACAAACUUAUUUCACAGUUCAUGAUCCAGGGUGGUGAUAUUGUUAAUUUCAAUGGAACCAGUGGGGAAAGUAUUUACGGUCCUUACUUUGACGACGAGAACUUUAAAUUGAAACAUAACUUCUCUGGACUACUUAGCAUGGUCAACGAGGGGAAGCCAAACACUAACAGUUCUCAAUUUAUUAUUACCGUUCAAGCGGCCACGCACCUGGACAAUACUCAUGUAGUAUUUGGAAGGAUUAUAAAAGGCAUGGGUGUAGUAUUAGAGCUCUGUAAAGUACCGACUGAAAACGACAUUCCAGUUGAUAAAAUAAAUAUAGUUGACUGUGGAGAGUUGAAAAAAGGUGAAAAUUGGGGAUUAGAAGAGAAUGAUGGGUCUGAGGAUGUUUAUACGCCAUGGCCAGAAGAUUGGGAUUAUUCUAAACAUGUUAACAAGCUCACUCAUAAAUUUAUGGAGGAUGUAAUAAGGAAGAUAAAAGAUUCUGGAAAUAGUUAUUUCGCAAAGCAAAAUUAUGUGGAUGCUAAUAGAAAGUAUAGAAAAGCAUUACGAUAUUACAACUGGAUGAGCAAACAGAAAAACAUGUCGGAUACAUUUUAUGUCUCACUAGUGGAUCUUGGAUUAACUUUAUUACUUAAUUUAGCUGCUGUACGAUUAAAGCAGAAAGAGUAUCGUAAAGUCAUAGAUCUUUGUAAUAAGGUUCUGGAAACGGAUAACACAAAUAGUAAAGCAUUAUUUCGAAGAGCACAAGCUUAUACUUCCUUGAACGAAUAUGAAUUAGCAUUAAAAGAUUUGCAUCAGGCGUCGGAUCUGUGUCCUGAUACGAUUAUCUCAAAGGAAAUAAAAAAAGUAAAAGAGAUGGGAAAGGUUUAUUUAGAAUUAGAAAAAACCACGUAUCAAAGAAUGUUUCAUUAA